AUGGCACGCGGCGCAAUCCCUCUCAGUCUUGCCCUGCUUGGGCUUGCUUCGGCUCAAACGCCAGUCGGCACUGAGACUCACCCAAAGUUGACCACUUACCGGUGUACUGUUGCCGGCGGGUGUACCGAGGCGACGAACUACAUUGUCCUGGACUCCCUUGCCCACUCGGUUCACCAAGUCAAUAGCACAGCUGGCUGUGGAGACUGGGGCAAUCCGCCAAAUGCCACGGCAUGCCCAACCAAGGAGGCUUGCGCGACCAACUGCAUCCAAGAGGGCCUGAACGACUACAGUACCGUGGGUAUCACGACCACCGGGGCUUCUCUGCGUAUGCAGAUGCUUGUGAACAAUGUCUCUGUCUCUCCCCGUAUCUACCUCCUGGAUGACACAGAGGAGAAGUACGAGAUGGUCAAGUUCACAGGCCUCGAGUUCACCUUCGAUGUCGAUGCUACCAAGCUCCCGUGCGGCAUGAACAGUGCCCUCUAUCUCUCAGAGAUGGAAGCAGAAGGUGGAAAGAACGAGCUGAACCAAGGAGGUGCUGCUCGAGGCACAGGAUACUGCGAUGCGCAGUGUUACACCACACCUUUCAUCAAUGGUGUUGGAAACCUCGACGGUGCCGGUGCCUGCUGUAACGAGAUGGAUAUUUGGGAGGCAAACGCUCGAAGCCAACAGAUUGCGCCACACCCGUGUAACGAAUCUGGCGUUUACUUGUGCUCCGGUGAUGCUUGCGGCAGAGACGGAGUCUGCGACAAGAAUGGUUGCGGGUGGAACCCGUACCGGCUGGACCAGAAAGACUAUUACGGCCAGGGCAACUCCUUCGACGUUGACACCACCAAACCUUUCACUGUCGUCACGCAGUUCCCUGCCAACAACUCGACCGGAAAGCUGGACGAGAUCGUGCGUAUCUACGUCCAGAACGGCGUCGUCGUGCACAGCGAGACGGUCGCCAAGGAAGGGCUGCCGGCCGUCGAUUCCAUCACCGAUCCCUACUGCACCGCUAGCGGCGCGUCCGCGUUCACGAGGCUAGGUGCCCUCGAGGCCAUGGGUGACGCCAUGACCCGUGGUAUGGUGGUUGCGCUCAGCAUCUGGUGGUCUAGCGACGGCGGCAUGACGUGGUUGGAUGGGCUGAGCCAAGGCGCCGGGCCUUGCGCCGACUCUGAAGACUUGCCCGAGAACAUCCUCAAGGUCGAGCCGGAGCCCGAAGUGACGUUUUCCAACUUGAAGUGGGGAGAGAUUGGCAGCACCUUCGGUGCGACCAGCGCUCCCGCGGCUAGAUACCGAAGGAGAAUCUAG